CCACAAGUAAUGAUAGAGCUCCACCUUACCUAGUAUAAAAUCCAGGAAACAAUUAAUAAUGAAUACUCUUCAAAUUCCUCUUUCAUUGAACUCAAAUAAAUUCAGGUUCAGGUGUUGCUGCCCAUGAGACUUGAGAGAGGAUAGUCAAAUAGCUAGUUUCCUUUGCUAUUCUAAUAUUGAUAUCAUUGAUGAAUUUUUAGGGUCUACACUGAUUAGUGAUAAAGUACAUACGUCAAUAUGUAAGCUAUGUUCAACCUGAUAUUUAUUUUUCAAAAAUCUUUGUUUAGAAGAUUUUGCUCAUGAAAAUAGAUUGUCUGGCAUUAGUUUAUUUACCCAGUUAUAAUCAAAAUGCAGGCAAACAACCUCUACAAUGUGGCAAGUUUUGAGCAUACACUUAUUUUUGACUAUGUUUGCCUUGGAUUUCUAUAUUUUGUUGUUUUAUCUCACGAAAAAAUGUGGUUUAAAAAAAGAUUGAAACAGACCAAGAUGUGCAUUUAACAGCUUUUAUUGUAAACCUAGGCCCACAUUGUUCAAUCGGAAGGAAUUAAAAGAAGGCCUAAUUUUCUUUUGAGAUAUUAAGAAUUCAUUUGAUAUUAAUAAUGUAAUUUCAAACAAAAUUAGAAAUUUUUAUAAUAUUUUAAUUCAUUUAUUACUAACUAUGGGAACCAGCUGUGCUUCUAAUUUUGCUGAUACGUUCUUUGACACUUUAAAGUACUCGGAGAUAAUCAGAAUGCAGUAAAACCUUUAAGGCAAACUGCAUACAUGGUCAACUUAUGAAGACUGAAAUGAAGCUUACAGUAUCCUUUACUCCACAUAUUAUUACACAUAGAUGUCUUCUCGGUUUGGGAUCUAUGUUUAUCACAACUGUAUCAUUGAACUUGAAAAAAGAGCUCCACAGAUGACAGUUAUGUAUACUUAACAUCUUAUAUUACACCUAGAAAUUUAUAAGGAAGAACUGUCCAGAAGUAAUCUAUAUUAAAAAAGAGCUUACUUCAAUUUACCUUUGUGAACUUUCCAUUUUUAUUUCAACAUUCUAGCAUUGCCUCUAUGUGUUGAGUAUAGAUCUACCAGUUGAUAGAAUAUUCCAGGACUUAUCAGAAUUAUUUUGAGAGAGGAUGGCUGAUUACAAGAAGGCUAUCCAACCAAGGUUCUUAAAGAUUUGCAGUGAUAUUUCUCAACAAAAAGAAUGGUAAAAGCUUGAAAUCACAGCAGUACAGAUUUGAACUGACCAAUGGAAUUUAAGAGGAGAGGGCAAUCCUGAAUGUUGUGGGCAGUAAUAAGGAAUGUAAAACUUUCAUACAUGUUUGGAAUAAAGGAUGUAGUAAAAAAAAGUUGGUAGUUGUAGCAUUAAAGGAGAUAAGAAAUUGAUACUUAAUACAGGCACACUGAAAUAAAAAUGGAAAAAAUUAUCUCAUCAACAUCAGAAACUAAAUCAGGACCUUAACAAAAUUGUUUAAAUCUACAUCCGCUUCGAUUUAGAAAUCUAUUCAAUUGAAAAGAAAAGAUUUGUAUAGAGGUCAGAAUCCAUUGGGACACAAGUUAAGCAUGGAUCAGUAAGUUCACUCUCUUGAUGAAUGUGUGUGACCAUAGAGCCAUAAACGACAGGUUUGGAUCAAAGUUGUGAAUAGAUGUAGUUUUAUGGAAUGUAUAAAAUGGUGGUAAUAUUUGAUGAUUCUUUGAGAUGUCAUCUGUGAAAUCUUUCUGACUGAACUGGUGUUAAUAAAUAAAGAUUGAAUCUGAUAAUGUUCACAUGUAGAUUGACUUGGCUAUUCAGUAAGACGGAAACAACAAAUACGUGCUAAGCCAAAGAUUAUAGUAUUUAAAUCUAUAGUAAUGAACAGAUGAAUCAUUAAUAGUUUUGUUCGAGCAAAUAUUAAUUGAAACAACAAAAUGGCUUCUACCUGUUUGACCGUAUGUUUUGGGAUUUACAUAGUAUUUUCGUUAAUUCUCCAUGUUGGUGAAGUUGUAUUAAAUGCAAUGUUUGUGGUACAUUUAUAUGAUGAUAGCACUAAAAGAACGUGGUUUACAAUCAUGCUGGGACUGAUGCUGUUACCAAUGGUAACAGUCCAGUUAGUGUCUGCUUUACUACUGCUCCAUAAAAGAGGAGAACAUUUGACAACAUUUCAAGCUUUCGGAACAGCAAUGCUUCAUGUGUUUCAGCUGGGAUUUGUGUGGCGACACAUUCGCUUGAUAACAGAAGAUGAAAUAAAAUGGAAGAAACGUGAUCUAGCAGACUUGUGCAUAUUAAGACUGUUUUAUACGUUUUCAGCCAGUUUGCCUAUAUUUGGAAUGCAAGUGUAUUUAAUAGUGAAAUAUAACUUGUUUGACUGGCUGAUCAUUUCUGCUACAAUUGUUACAAUGUGCGCUAUUGGCUGGGCCUUAGCUAGUUACAGAAGACAAAAUGAAGCUGAUAUAGCAGAAGGCACAGUCUUAACUUUUCCUGGAACAAUUUUUCGUCUGAUCUGGAGAUUUGGAGAAAUAAUUUCCAGAAUUUUAUCAUUAAUUGUUUUUGCAUCACUAUACAAAUCAUGGAUCUUUAUUGUGAUUUUGCUCCACUGGUUAACAAUGAUGGUUUGUAUUUUUACCUCUGUGUUUGGAUUUUUUGAAUUAGUUGGAGUAAGUCGAGUCCACCGAUUUUUCCUCAGCACACUCAUUGCUUACAUUUACAUAUUUUGUUACAUUAAUUUCAACAGCCAGAGAACGCAGUGGAGAUAUAUUACUUUCUAUAUAAUUAUGUUCCUAGAAAAUGCCGUACUUUUGAUUGUGUGGUAUUUAAGUGCAGUAGACGAUAAUUCAUUGAGAACAUAUACUAUCAUAUUCAUUGCAUGUGUCACAUUUGUCAUAGGCAUUGUCUCAAUGAUAAUGUAUUAUCGCUUCUUCCACAUUCCUGCCAAAAAAUUAUUUGCAGAUGGGAAAGACAACGUUUGUGUGCAAGACUCCUGCAUUAACUGCAAACUCAGUCUCUGCAAUAAGCACAGUAAAUAUUUUCAGAGACCUUUCAGUGCUGGCUGGGUAAGUCAGUACCAGAAGGCUUUGUAUCAGGGAAAUUAUUAUAAAAAUAUGCAGGACUCAUUACUUGACUCAAUGUCUGAAUGGGAGGCAAUAUCAUCAAGCUCAGACUCAGCAUCUGAAGGCAGAAAAAAUUCAAAACGUGAAAAAUCUGUGACUUUUCAUUCAGCAGGGACAUACAGUCAUAAGAGAUUUUUACCCAAAUCGGGAAUAUCUGAUUCCGAUUCCGAUUCAACAUCAAUGACAAGUCGACAAAACAUUCAGUCUUCAAGUGAUUCUGAAGUGAGUGACACCGUGAAUCCAUUAUCAUGUGAAAAUACAAGUCAAACACAGCUACUGACUGAUAGCUGGGAAAAAUUAAUUGAAAGUAAAGACAAUAUUAUCAAUGAAAAAGUUCAAAAUCUGCAAUCUUUUCGACCAAUUAGUGCUCAGAACUUAGAGGAUUGGUAUUCAGAUGGAUACAGUACCGAUCAUUCAUCCUCAGACUUUCAGUUACCCAUUACAGUGCUUGCCAAACUUAACAAGUGUCGUAUAUCUGUAGCAUCAGACUCAACUCAGUGUACCAUGUGUAAACAUCUCAAAAUUAAUCGUAAGAGAUCAAAAACAUUCUCACGAUCAUCUCAGGAAAAAAUCAUAGAGGAAAAUUAUGAACUAGAAUCAAAUCCCAUAGUGUUAGAAACUCCAAGAAGUGCUGCAUGGUAUAAUUGUAGUGAAUCUGGAGAUAGUGCAUUUCCACAGGAAACAAUCAGUACCACAUGUCCCAGUAACAUUGAGUCUGAUGAGGACGGGAUUAGUGAGACAAGUUUUGAGAUGAUCAUUUAAUUAUACACUUCCAUUUAUUCAUGUACUAAUGGCCUUGUACAACAUAUUAUAGAUAUUGUGGUACAAUAACUCUUCUGCCUGAACCAGUCACUACCAAAUGUAAAUCAAGAAAUUAUUGAUUCUUUUUGCAUUGCUGAAAUGGCAUGGAAUCUGAUUCACUAAUUUCUAGAUGCACAUUUUGUAAAUACUUGUAGCAGAAUUAUAAAUUUAAAUUUUCUUCAAUGGUAUAUAUAUAUUAUCAAAAGUUAUUGCUUUUAUGAAUGGAAUUUUCCAAAUACUUCCAAAAAUCUCAAUUGAAAGGUAGAAAAUUGAUGUUAAUAAUGAAGUUAUAUUCCUUUUUUUCCUGUUAAUUUAAUUAAUCAUAAAAUUAAUUGGAAAAUAAGAAUAAAGUUAUAACUAUUUUGUUUUACUAUGUAUGGUAUUUAGGUUAAUUUGGUACAGAUGCAUAAUUAUGUUCGAGAUAUUUUUCUCACAUGUAUGGAACAGUAUUCUUUUGUGGAAAUUGAAAUAUUUAAAAUUUGAUGUAUGAUAAAACACAAUGUUUAUAUUUAUCGCUCGGCAUGACCAAAUCUAAUAAAUCUGCUCUGCCUUCUAAUUUGAUAUAUAUUUUACAUCUUUGAUAUACACAAAAAGUUUUCUCAGAGUAUAAUAGAUAAUUUAUUUCAAUCAAUUUUAUAUUUUUUUAAUUUCAAUUUCUUUUUAAGUUAUCUGCAGGUGUUUGACAUAUCAAAAUAAGAAAAAUUUACGAUCCAGUUAUAAAUAUUAAACUUUCAAACGAAAUGGAUAUUAAAGCAGUUCUUUAAUAAGAAAUGUUUGUAAUUUAAAAACAUAAAAGAAUACAAUAUAUGGACCAUAUUACCAUAAAUGGUAUAGAUAUUUAUACAGCAUUCACACUUCAUCUCAGGGAAAUCUGGCAAAUUUAUUUAUUAACAAAAGCUGAGCAUUUUUAAUUGAAAUGAAAAAUUUUAUUAUUUCUUUCUUUGUACUAGUUGUUUGUUAAUAUAUGAUUGUUAAAGUUUAUAAUACAACAUAUUUUUAUGGAUACCAAGGCACACACUGCAUUUAAUAUCUGUAUAGUGUAUACCUCAGUUUAUAAUACUACACUUGUUUAUGGAUACCCAGGCACAAAAUGCAUUUUAUAUGUCUGUAUACCUCAGGAUUAAUAAUAAAAUUGUUAUAAUUAA